AUGUUAGGCUCAAAGACCGAAAACGCUCAUUGGGCGGAAAAACCGGUCACAACGCGUUCAGACAUCUCAGAUUCAGCCAUAGCGCGAAAUUUGUGUCGUGAAGUAAAAGAAGCUCAAUUACUUCAAAAAAAUAAGCAAUCGCUAUCGUCAAAGCAGUAUCGUCGUAUAAAGCGAUACGACAUCUUAAAACCUGAUGAUACUGAAAAACUGAUUGAAAGUGAUUCUGAAGGCAUGGACGAUUCUAAAAUUCGCUAUUUCUGUAAAGCGGAUGAGCUAUUUGAUGUAUUGGAGGCAGCACAUCUCAACUGUCAAUUGAAGAAAAAGAUACCAAAACAUGGAUUAGUUGUACAACUUAUUUUAUCUGACUACAUGAACUCUCGAUGUCAAGUGGACUUGAUUGACAUGCAGUCAGAGCCAGAUAAAGAUUAUCGAUUCAUUAUGAAUUAUCAAGAUCAUUUAACCAAAUUCACAAUUCUUCGUCCUCUUAAGACGAAGACUGCCGAGGAAGUGGCCUACCAACUCAUAGACAUAUUUUGUUUAUUCGGUGCCCCAUGUAUACUUCAAAGCGACAAUGGUCGUGAAUUCAGUCAGGGUUCGGUUGAAAGGUCGAACCAAGAUAUUCGUGACAUGCUGGUAGCGUGGAUGGCUGACAAUAAUACGGAAAAAUGGUCUGAAGGACUCCGAUUUAUUCAAAGUAAGAAGAAUCAAGCUCUCCAUUCGGUAAUUAAGACAAGUCCUUAUGAGGCUAUGUUUGGAUCAGCGCAAAAGAUCGGACUUGCGGAUUCCUCUCUUUCCAGUGACAUGUAUUCUUCUAUAGAAACUGAAGAAGAAUUGGAACAACUUCUUUCUUCGGUAAAGAACAAUGAUCAAGAUAAGACUGAUGAAGAAGAAGUUAACGAACAAUCUAGUGAAGAUAAAAAUAUACCUCAAGCUGGAGAGGUUACACAAGAAUCAGAAAAAAAAAAGAUGACAGCAAAAUUUAUUGUGUGA